UGCAGCAGGUUGGCAGCGUCCUCUCCGAGGCAGGAAGACACAUGUUGGACCCUCUUUCUCCCUCCUCCUCUGCCUCCUCUUCCUCACAGCUCCGCUCAACGUCUCGUGUUUGAAACAGACACACACUCUCAGGGUGUCAUCGCACGGCGACACACACCUCUCAGAGCGCCGAGGACGACCGGAGGAGGACAGAAGUUCGGCUUCAACCUGACGGGAUGAGGCGGUGGUUGGUGUGGGCCGCUCUGUGGCUGCUGGUGGUUCUGAUCCUGCCUGACGCCCGGGCCGAGUCGAGACAUCAGAACCAGGAUGGGGUGAGACGACGAGGGAAGCGAUGGAGGGACGGACAGGGUUUCAUCUGGACCAGUGAGGGGCGCUCUAAACCUCUGAAGAUCCGGCUGGUCCCAGGCCCGAACGGCCCACACACACCAGCAGGAACCCUGACGUUCUACAGGAACAUCCCGGAGCUGCAGUCCAGCUACAGCGUCAUCCCAGGUAAGCAGACCCAGUGUGUGUACCGCGGGCUGACCAUGUUGGACCUGGCCGUCUGGUAUCCGUCGCCCUGUGUGAUGUGUCUGUGCAGCGAAGGGCGGGUGGUGUGUGAUGAGAUGACCUGUCCCACAAUGCACUGCCCGUCCCCCGCCACGCCCGCGGGCCGCUGCUGCCCCGUCUGCAUGGAGCCAGACCCCGGGCUCAGCCCAGAACUUUCUGGUGACUCUCCAGUUCCCAGCCACCCCAAGGACCACAUCGUCCCUCUGACCCAGGAGGACAUCCAGAGAAUCGUGUGGCGGGAGGAAGAGGAGCAUCAUGAGGAGGAGGAACGUCUGAGGAGGAAGGACGAGGCGAGAAAGAAGAGGAGGAGGGAGAGGAAGGAGCGGGAGGAGAGGCAGAGGAAGAUGGUUGAGGAGAAAAGGAGGGAGGAAGAGGAGGCGCUGAGGCUGCAGCUGGAGAAGGAGGAAGAGGAGUGGAGGACGAAGACAGAGGAGGCAGAGGAGAGGAGGCGGCAGGAGGAAGAGAGCAGGAUGAAGGAGGAAAGAAGAAGGAAGGAGGAAGUGGAGCAACAGAAGGAGGUGAAGGAGGAGGUGGAGGUGUGGCUGAGAGGAGAUGUCUUCCAGAUGCCAUCAAAAGAAGAAGAACUCCUCCCACCUCCAGUCCCAACGCAGCCCACUGAGACAGAUGAGCUGAAGGAGGUUGGACCAGGCGAGGAAGCGGAGGAAGAGGAAGAGGAAGAGGAAGAGGAGGAGACACCAGUAGUCCUCCCUGCCGGCUGCGACAUCUCUGAUGUCUCCAUGACCUGCGCGAAUGUAAAGCUGAUCCACUUCCCUCCACUGAACAUCCCGGAGCUCAAGUCUCUGAGCCUGGAGGGGAACAACAUCAGCAGCAUCCCAGCAGGAGCCUUCAACGGCAUUCCCAACCUGGAAUGGAUAAACCUGAAGAAGAACAAGCUGACGUCUGCUGGGAUUGAUCCCAAAGCCUUCAUGGGCCUGAAGAUGUUGAGGCGUCUUUACUUGGACGAGAAUCUUCUUGACGUAGUGCCAUCUGACCUCCCGUCCACACUGCAGGAACUGAAGAUCAAUGAGAACAAACUGAGAGGAAUAGAUGAAAACAGCUUCCAAGAUCUGAGCAGCCUGGUGAUCCUGGAGCUGGAGGGGAAUCUUCUGAGUGAAGGGAACGUCGACCCGAGGGCGUUUGCACCUCUGAUCCAGCUCUCCUACCUAAGACUGGGAAGAAACCAUUUCCGGACGGUUCCCCAGGGUCUUCCCAAGUCACUGCUGGAGCUGUAUCUGGAAAACAACCUGAUCGAAGAGAUCUCAGAGACGGUCUUCAAUCAGACCACCAACCUCAACAUGAUUUCUCUGAGGCACAACAAAUUGGACGAGACCAAGAUUGCUCCCAUGGCCUGGUUCAACCACAGGAACUUGGAGUCCAUUGACUUGUCACAUAACGACUUUUACCUGGUUCCGUCAUACCUGCCCAAGUCUUUGGUCCACUUAGUGCUUGUGGGAAAUAAUGUUGAGAGGAUACCUGGCUACAUCUUUGCCCACAUGGAUCCUGGCCUGGAGUACCUCUACCUGUCCUUCAACAGGCUGGAUGGAGAGGGAAUAGAACCAGAGUCGUUCUUCGGCGCCUAUCACUCCAUGAUGGAGCUGUGUCUGGACCACAACCAGCUGAUCCACGUGCCGCUCGGAAUCAAUGAAAUGACCAACCUACACCUCCUCCGACUGGACAGCAACCGGAUCAGGAGCAUCUCUGAAGAAAGCAUCUGUGACCCGGACCUGCAGGAGGAAACAACUCUGGUGGCUUUAAGGAUGGAAAAUAACUACAUCGAUGCCAUGGAUGUGUCUCCAUCAGCCUUCUCAUGUUUACGUUCUGCCUCCAGUGUGGUCCUGAAACCUCAGAAAACCAUACAGAGGAUCCACAGAACCAGACACUAAAAGACACCUGAGAACUUUCCAUCAGAACCUCCUCCUGAUGUUCAUGAACAACACAAUUAGAUGUGAGUUUCCUCCUGGGAAAGAGUGUUUCUGAUCUCAGGUCUUCAUCUUUACAAGCUCUGAGUAACUCAGCCCCUGCAUGACGUUUUGGGUCUGGUGAGUUGUUCUGCUGGGUCACAUGGACCGACCUUUGGCUGUUAGACGAUGACUGAACUCUUUCAGGCUUCAGAAACCAAACACAUCUGUGUCCUUUGGUAAAAUGUAAAAUGGAAAGAACUCCUUCCCUGGAGACUGUAAACUACUAAUAAAGAAAUGGAAAGAAUUUCCCUGCA